ACCUGCUCGAUCUUGGAGAGGAGAGGGGGAGAAGGGGGAGCAGAGGGAUCGUCAACGCCUUGUCGCUGGCCGAAUUCGCUUAUGGCCGUGUCAUUGCUUGUGCUUGUGCUUGUGUUUGUGAUGUUUUGCUGGGUUUCAUCGGCGGUCUCUGCAUCUGCGGGGGGAAACUUCCACAGGGAUUUCGACAUAAUGUGGGGAGAAGGGCGUGCUAGGAUUCUCGACAAGGGCAAGCUUCUCACUCUGUCUUUGGACCAGUUCUCGGGUUCCAGUAUUCAGUCCAAGAAUCAAUAUCUCUUUGGCAAGUUCGAUAUGCAAAUCAAGCUCGUUCCUGGCGACUCUGCUGGCACCGUUACUUCUUUCUAUCUUUCAUCGCAAGGGGCCGAGCAUGACGAGAUCGAUUUUGAAUUCUUGGGGAACCUGAGUGGUGAACCCUACACUCUUCACACCAAUAUCUUCACCAGAGGCGGCGGUGGAAGGGAGCAGCAGUUCUACCUCUGGUUCGACCCGACUCAAGAUUUCCACACCUACUCUAUCAUUUGGACUCCCCAACGCAUCAUAUUAUCUGUGGAUGGAACGCCGGUGAGGGAAUUCAGGAAUCUGGAGUCGAUAGGGGUGCCCUACGCGAGUAAGAAAACAAUGAGGCUGUACGCAAGCAUAUGGAACGCAGAGUACUGGGCGACCAGGGGAGGGCUUAUCAGGACGAACUGGACCCAAGCUCCCUUCACAGCUUCCUACCGGAAAUUCCACGCCGAUGCUUGUAUUGGGCCUUCUUCUGCUAAAUCUAGUAAAUCUUGGUGCGGGGAGAUCUAUUCUGGCUCCGGCAGCGACGAUAGUGAUGAUAACAGGAUCAUAGAAGAAGAAUCGGAGAUGAUGAUCCAGGAGAGCAUCCAAUGGGUACAGAACAACUACAUGAUUUACAGUUACUGCUCUGACAUUAAGAAAUUUCCUCACGGUCUUCCUGCUGAAUGCGUCGUCUCCGAUUCAAAUUUUUACGAUCAUGUGAACAUUUAA